UGUUUUCAACUGACCUCUUGCUUAUGUCAUUUCUGUUUUUUCAUUCAAAGAGAUGGUUCAUGAUUUUAUCUUGUUCUGAUGAGUUUUGUACUUUGUGUUGAUACAGGUGGACAGACAAGUAUCAGGCCAUAUUGGAGAUGCUAUUUUCCAAAUACUCAGGCCAUAAUCUAUGUUGUUGAUUCUAGCGACACUGACAGGCUGGUAAUAGCGAAAGAUGAGUUUCAUGCAAUAUUAGAGGAGGAAGAGUUGAAAGGUGCGGUUGUCCUCAUUUUUGCUAAUAAGCAGGAUCUACCUGGUGCGCUUGAUGAUGCUGCAAUAACUGAGGCUUUAGAGUUGCACAAGAUAAAAAACCGUCAGUGGGCUAUUUUUAAAACUUCUGCCAUAAAAGGGGAAGGUCUAUUUGAGGGCUUAGACUGGUUGAGUAACACACUCAAGUCUGGAGGAGGCUAAUUCAUUGAUUUUGGGAAAUCUAAAAGCUUAUUUCUGCCUAGCCAGGUCAGAAUGGGGGGAAUGACUUUCUGAUCGAAAAUUUCAUUCAAGAGUGCAGUUAUGUCAAUUGAUCUUCUCUGGUUUUUCUUUUGUUCCGAUUUUGGAGUAAACCGCUGACAUACAUGUAAAAUUUUUCAUCAUUGAUAUUUAUUUGGCUCCUAUUUUUGUAAGUUUAGUGUGUUCCUUACUUUUAGCUGCUUAUCCUAGUUCUUGUUUUGGGUGGUGGCCUUGGACAUGGAAGUUGUUUAACAAGUCUGUUGGUUGUCUGAAAUUGAAGAGGCGAACUAUCUUGGUUGUCACCUUUAUUAAUUAGGGCUUUGUCAUAGUGCAGACAUAAAUUACAAGUUGUAUAAUUAAGUGAUUGAUAUGACAUCUUACAUUUAAAUAAUCAAUAAUGCUAUUUCUACCACA